UGUAUAUAACAGCAAUAUCAUCAUUAAACAUUAACCAUUUUUAUUGUCUUAUCAGCUAUCGCAACUUAACCCAACAUCUGGUAUACCUUUUAACGUUUUGUGCAUCUUACAGCUUUUUUCUGGUGUUUUUCUGGUUCUUUGAUAAUUUACUUUUUGUCAACCUUUUGUUUUAAGACAUUUGCCUUUGUUUGGAUUAAUUUUAACCUUUCUCAUCAGUUGACCAUUAAAUUAUCUUCUGGUCAUCAUGAUUCUCAUUAAAUCGGGAUCUUUACUUGUUGCCAUAUCUAGUUUGUUAAUAUGCCGUGUUUACUGUCAAAACAGUGAUCCCAAUAGUAACUCUGGAAAUGCCAAUAAUCACAAUAAUCAAGGACAAGGUGCAAAUGCACCUCAAACUUAUUCAUUUAACCAAGGAAUUCGUCCCUAUUCAUAUGGCUAUAACACUGGAAUACAGCCUUAUAGUUACACUUAUAAUUAUCCUAAUGGUGAACCCACUGGACAGCCAAAUGGCCAACCAAAUGGACAACCCAAUCCAGGAGGAUUUCAAGGUCAACCAGGAUCAGCUUAUCCAGGAGGAAAUAAUCAAAACUUUGGGGUAAAUCCACAAGGCUAUGGUGGCGCUGCUCCUCCUCCACCUCCUCCACCACCAAUACCAUUUGAUUUUAACAACGAUUUACCCGGCUUUGGUGGUAAUAACAAUAACAACAAUAACGCUCCUUUCCCAGUUUUUGGUGGCAACAAUAAUAAUAAUAAUGGAUUCCCAGGUAUUCCUGCUAUUGGGGCUGGCGGCGGUGGAGGAGCACCACAAGGUUUCCCUGGUAUCCCCACUCUUGGUGCUGGUAAUAAUGGUGCUAACAAUGGCUUUAAUCCAAGUGAAUUUGGUUUACCCACUGGUGGCGGUGGCGGUGGAGGCGAUGGAAUAAGUGAGUUGGCUAAUUUAGCUGGAAACGGUGGAUCAUCUGGAGGUGGAUCUGCUCUUCCUAUUCCAAUUUUUGGCGGUAAUAGUGGAUCAGGUGGUUCCUCUUUCCCUGGACUUUCCGAAGGCAACUCUGGUAACGGUGAUUUCAAUUUUGGUGGUAACUCAGGAGAUGGUGAUUUUGGUUUUGGAGGCGGUAAUAACAACAAUAAUGAUGAUUUUGGCUUCGCAAGUAGCAACAAUAAUGGAAACAAUGAAUUUGACUUUGGAACCGGCAGUGGAUCUGAAAAUUUUGAUAUCAAUAUGCCUUCUCCAACCAUUCCUAAUUCAAUGUUAACUUCACCAUCAACAAUAUCCACAUCGACCACCCCUAAGCCGUCAUCAACUUCAACAACAACAGCAGCACCAAAAAUAACCAAGAACAAGUCAAAGAGGUCAAUAAGAUCAGUUGUUAACAAAGAAAAGGAAAACAAUUUUGAUCUAGAAGCAGCUGCUGAUGAAACCACACUUGAUUUUGAUCCAAACAGUUCAUACGGAAUGCUCAAUUUAGAUCCUCGCUAUCAGAACCCUAAUCAAGGAGUUUACACUAAUUACGCCGAUUACAGGGUCCACUGAGUUUGUCGUUAAAUUUGGGGAAAACAUGCAGCACCAAAAACAAGACAAUAGAGCGAACAAUUUGGGAAAAAAGAAGGAAAACGAACGAUUAAAAGCCCUUGAAAUAAUAAUGUUUCCAUUGCCAUGGUUAAUUUGAUAGCGAUAAUGAAAUAAAGUCAACCCAAUAGAUCAUAAAGCAGGAUUUAUGUUUGAGAGAUUUUUAAAUUUUAAUUGCUGUUGACCUUACUCGUUUCAGCUUUCCGAUUAUUACAUCAACCAAAUCUCAUCUCAUUCAAUAACCUUAAUCAUACCUUGAAAAGCCUUAAACUACAGCAACUUAACUUGCCUCUAUUGUCUUGCAAAUUUGCUAUCUAUUUACUGAUUCAAAAUUGUUUAUGUGCCUAACUUGGAUCAUUGAUGGACCCACAGGUCAUUUUCAAUACUUAACACGAACCUUAAACAACUUAACCUUUUCUAAGCUAUCAUUAAAUUAAAAUCAAAUUUAAUUUUUUCCAA